AGCCAGUGUGUGUGAGAUCACAGACACAGAGGCACCCAUUGAGCGACUCUGAGAUGGUUUAAGACUCACUGACAGUUUGAAAAACUGGCAAGAAGUAAGAAAGGAAGAAAAUGACACUGAAGAAAACAAAUAUCUAAAAAGGACAUAGCAGUCAGUUUGUGUGUGUGAGUUGAAAUUUCCCAGCGGCUGGUCCACCGACUGAGAGGAAGUGAGUAAAGAGAGUUUCUGGGACAUUAUCUCCCCUCAUCAGGCUCUGAUCCCAUAAAAACACAUCAUGUCUCUGGAGGUGAAGGAGAAGACGCAGGUACGUCUGGUGUUCCUGGGAGCAGCAGGAGUGGGCAAGACAGCCCUGAUUCGACGCUUCCUCCAAGACACCUUUGAGACCAAACAUCGUCGCACUGUGGAAGAGAUGCACAGCAAAGAGUAUGACAUUGGUGGGGCCAAGGUUACCGUGGAGAUCCUUGACACCAGUGGCAGCUACUCCUUUCCAGCCAUGCGUAAGCUCUCCAUCCAAAACAGCGAUGCUUUUGCACUGGUAUAUGCCGUGGACGACCCCGAGUCCCUGGAAGCAGUCAAAAGCCUUCGAGAUGAGAUUCUGGAAAUCAAAGAGGACAAGUACACGCCAAUCGUGGUGGUCGGGAACAAAGUGGACCGGGGAGAUGAGCGUCAGGUGUCCAGCGACGAUGUUCUGGCAACUGUGGAGCUGGAUUGGAACAAUAGUUAUCUGGAAGCUUCAGCAAAGGAGAAUGCCAAUGUGGUGGAGGUGUUCAAGGAGCUCCUGCAGCAGACGAACCUUCCCAGCCGCCUCAGCCCUGCGCUACGCAGACGCAGGGAGACCUUCCCGAAAGACACCGACUUCAGGCCACCCAUGAACAAGACCAACAGCUGUAUUCUGUCAUAAUGGACGGCAUGAGGAGCAGAGGGGCUUUACUUAUAAACAGACAAGAUGGGAUCAGUGGAAGAAGGAUAAAAAGAGUGAGGAUGGAGUGUUUAAGUCAGAGCUGCUGGACAGAAAAAGUACAAAAAUAAAAACAAGACUGGACUUAAAUCAGUGUAGAAGUAAAGUGAAAAGCUGCCACAUUAAGAAAAGUGAUUCUGGACCAGAUACAUUAGAAACAGACAAAGACAAUGGUGUUAAGACUGAACUUGAGCAGAUUGCCACUUAAAUAAUGAUGAACCUGAAGAAAUGGAGAAAAGGAAGAUACAUUAAAUACUUGGUUUACUUGAUGUACUGUUGUUGCUGCUUUUUGGUGACAUGCUGCUGGUGUUUAGAUCAAUAUAUUGCUUAUUUGACUCAUUUAAAUGUGACCUGUAUCAAAAUGACUUAUUAUUGAGAGAAAAUGUGCAUAUGUGGUGGUUUUCGCAAAACUUAUAUCUCAUUCUUAAUUGUUUUAAUUUACCAGUUCACCUGUAGCACAUCAUGUUUACAUUUUUGCCUUCAAUACCAGUAACCUUUAAGCAUGACAUUACUUUUAUGUUUUUAAAAAAGUGGUGAAAUGUAAAUGCACUUUUCAUUGUGAAUUUAUCACUUAAAAUGAUGUUUUACUGUUUCUUUUUUUAUAAUUACAUUUUUUAACAUGUAAUAUUCUAACAACUGUUAUGACUUUGCUGUUUGUUACCGUUUUGUGCCAUGUGGAAAUUCUAAAUGUGGAAUAAAAGAUAAAAGCACA